AUGACAGCCUCCCACAAUCAUUCUACCAAGAUAUCCCAACAACCAAUUUCCUCAGUAUCAGCAUUGAAGUUUUUCGGCAAGAAGCUGUUGAGCUCUAACCAUGAGCAUAAACUGAAAAAAAAGGCCUCCGUACCUCCAAGUUUCCACUCCCCAAGUACAAACAAAACCGAAUCCCCCAGUUCGAAACUGCCGAGCUCAUUAAAGACCUCCCGCCGUGCAAACUCCUUUGUUCACACAACCAACAACAACAGCUCUUCGUCGCCUAUCUCACACAAAAUUCUACGCCCGGGUAGCGCCGGUAUAUCCAUAUCAAGAGGGAACAGGCAUUCCUCCACUUCGCGUAAUGCCUCAAACUCCAAGUUCAGCAACGAACGCAUGGUGUAUAACCCAUACGGUGUCUCAACACCGAGUACAUCGCUAUCGUCUUCCUCCACUACUACGAAAAAGGACCCUGAUUUGGGAUUCUACCUUCACGACGGGGAUUCGAACAUCCGCAUGCUGCCGAUCCCGAUCGUCGACCCGAACGAGUAUCUACCAGACGAGAUAAAGGAGGCGAGCGUACAAUUUAGCGACAACUUCGUCUUUGAUGACGAGAACAAAACCAUCGGAUGGGGUGGCUCGUGCGAAGUGCGCAAAAUCCGUUCUAAGUACCGCAAGAAGGAUGUAUUCGCUCUAAAGAAGCUAAACAUGAUCUACAAUGAAACGCCGGAGAAGUUCUACAAGCGUUGUUCGAAAGAAUUCAUCAUCGCAAAGCACUUAAGUCACCACGUCCACAUCACAAACACCUUCCUCUUGGUCAAGGUGCCCACCACCGUGUACAUCACUCGCGGGUGGGGGUUCAUCAUGGAGCUUGGCCUACGAGAUCUCUUUGCGAUGAUCCAAAAAUCCGGGUGGCGAAAUGUCGCCCUUGUGGAGAAGUACUGCAUCUUCAAACAGGUAGCGCGUGGCGUCAAAUUCUGUCAUGACCAGGGCAUCGCCCAUCGUGACUUGAAACCUGAAAAUGUGCUUUUAUCCCCGGAAGGCGUGUGUAAGCUGACAGAUUUCGGUAUUUCAGACUGGUACCACACAGAUCCACACGACUUGUCAAGCCCCAUUAAAAAGUGCGCGGGAAUGAUUGGCUCGCCACCGUACGCGCCUCCAGAGGUGAUGUACUACGACGUUAAGAAACACUAUGGCACAGAGUUGCAGCAGCCGUACGACCCACGUGCUCUGGAUUGCUACGGCCUAGGCAUCAUCCUCAUGACCCUCGUCAACAAUGUUAUUCCAUUCCUAGAGUCAUGCAGCUGUGACACUGGCUUCCGCGAUUACUGUGACGCAUAUGAAAACUUCAUUCGCCUUCAUAACCGCGGGUUUCGCGAUCGCGGUAACCACCGCCCGGGGCCGGGAAUGGAGUAUCACUUGGCUAGAAACUUCAAGAAUGGCCAUGCGUCCCGCGUGGCGUGGCGCCUCGCCGACCCGGAAGCCUCCACUCGCUACACCAUGGACGAUUUAUUUGAAGAUCCGUGGUUCCAGGGCAUCGAAACGUGUGUAGAUGCUGACGACGAGUUUGUGUGCAAGAAACCUAUUAUCAAGACCACAACGUAUGAGAAUCUACGUGGGUUCCAUAUCACUACAGACGUUGCGACAACUACACCCACCUCAAAUCCUUUUCUGAAGACCCGUGUCCCCAUUAGGUCAAUGGUCGAUAUAGCCGCCCAUCCUUCCAUGAUGGCACCGGCACCGGAGCCAGCACCAGCGGCAGCACAGCCGCCGCCGCCGCCAGCGCGCUCGUGCGCUGGCGCGGAGGUGCUGUUUACGGUUAAAGAAACCCCACCGAUCAGUGACGAAACCUCCGCAGUUCCCGCAACUCCCGCAGUUCCCGCAACUCCCGCAACUCCCAAGUCAACUCCCGCUCCACAUAGGGCUGUCGUGCAUCACCAUCUGAACAUCACUAGCAGCUUGGUUACUAGCUCUAGUGCGGCAUCUUCUCAGAUUCAGGCGUCAACUUAA